AUGGCGACUAUAAACAGACAGAAUGAUCUCGCUAUUGAACUUUGCAGGCUGCAUACACCGGGAAAGCCUUUGGUCCUCACAAACGUCUACGAUGCAGCCACUGCCUCCAUUGUCGCUAAUAAUCCCUCCACUAAAGCCAUCGCUACCGCUAGCUAUGCCGUCGCCGCUGCUCAAGGCAUCGCUGAUGAAGACUUGACCUUGACUCGGAAUUUGGCUACUGUACGCUCUAUUUCGGCUGUCUUAAGACCAAAGGACGAGUCGACAAGUGAAAAGCAGACUGACACUCUCCCACGGCUUCCAUUGACAGUAGAUAUCCAAGACGGGUAUGAUGAUGUUGCGGCAACAAUCCGCGAGAUCAUCAAGCUAAAAGCCGUGGGAUGCAAUCUGGAAGACUUUGACAAUGCCAACCGGCGCUUGCGGCCCAUCGAAGAAGCCGUCGAGCGGAUUCAGCUGGGCCUACAGGCCGCAAGGGAAGCAGGUGUUCCUGACUUCGUAAUCAACGCCCGGACAGAUGUGCUCAUUGGGCAGCAUGGUCAGAAAGGAGGAUCAAUUGACGACGCGAUUGAGAGAGGAAGGGCGUAUCUUAAAGCCGGAGCCUGCACGGUCUUCGUCUGGGGCGGUUCUCAGAGAGGAGUGUCUCGGGCUGAAAUCGAGGCACUAGCAGCGGCCUUUGAGGGGCGACUAAAUGUCAAGCUGGUUCUUCAAGAGGGAUAUUUGACAGUCUCUGAACUUCAAACUAUGGGGGUUGCGCGGAUCAGUGUUGGUCCUGAGCUGUAUCGGGCUGCCAUGAAAGCGUUCCAGGAGAAGGCCGACUUGGUGUUGAGUGCUUGUGGUUAG